GAGCGGCACGGCACGGCUCCCAUGCAUACGCCCUCCACGCUGUCGGACCCCCGCCGCUAGCGGCACGAUGUCGUGGCACCCGCAGUACCGCAGCUCCAAGUUCCGCCACGUGUACGGCAAGGCUGCCAGCAAGGAGAAGUGCUACGACUGCAUCCCCAUCACCCGCAACGUCCAGGACAACCACUUCUGUGCUGUCAACCUCUACUUCAUUGCGGUGGUGACCGAGUGCUCGGGGGGAGGGGCCUUCCUCGUCAUUCCCAUACACCAGACAGGCAAGCUCGACCCACACUAUCCCAGAAUAUGUGGGCACAAAGGGAACGUUCUGGACAUCAAGUGGAACCCAUUCAAUGACUUUGUAAUAGCUUCCUGUUCCGAAGAUGCCACAGUUAAAAUCUGGGACAUCCCCAAGCACCUGAUGACAAGAAACAUCACCACACCAAAGAAGGAACUUCUUGGGCAUGUCAGAAGAGUGGGCCUCAUUGAAUGGCAUCCCACUGCCAACAACAUCCUCUUCAGCUCUGGCUAUGACUACAAGAUAAUGAUCUGGAACCUUGACUCCAAGGAGGCUGUCAUCUCCAACCCUGUGAAGGUCCUUGAUGUUCACAGGGAUGUGGUGCUCUCCAUGUCAUUCAACACAGACGGCAGUCUCCUCGCCACAGCCUGCAGGGACAGGAAGAUACGUCUGAUAGACCCUCGUGCAGGAACAGUCCUCCAAGAAGCCAGCUACAAGUCUCACAAAGCCAAUAAGGUCUUGUUCCUCGGAAACAUGAAAAAGCUGUUUUCUACUGGAACAUCUCGGUGGAAUAAUAGGCAAAUAGCAUUAUGGGAUCAAAAUGACCUUUCUGUGCCUUUGCUGGAGGAGGAUCUGGAUGGCUCCUCAGGACUCCUGUUUCCUUUCUAUGACUCUGACACACACAUGCUUUACGUGGUGGGAAAGGGCGACGGAAAUAUUCGGUACUAUGAGAUAAGCCCUGAGAAACCAUACCUGAACUACCUGAUGGAAUACCGUUCUCAUCUACCACAGAAGGGAAUUGGAAUAAUGCCAAAGAGAGGCCUUGAUGUGUCAUCCUGUGAGAUUUUCCGCUUCUACAAACUGAUCCCAACUAAAAACCUGAUUGAGCCCAUCUCCAUGAUAGUGCCUCGACAGUCGGAGUCGUACCAGGAAGAUAUCUACCCCAUGACCACGGGAGCCCAGCCAGCCCUGACGGCUCAAGAGUGGCUGAACGGAGUUAACAAAGGGCCUGUCAUGGUGUCCUUGAGACCCAGCUCUGGGGGUGUGAGCUCCUUACCGCAGUUUCCUGAGCCGGAGCCGGUUGUGGAAAUAUCUGACCUUAACCAGCACCAGGGUGAGGGAGAAGAGAUUCUAGUGGACAACCUGCAGAAGCCAAGUGAGACUGCAGAUGGUAGUAAGCAGCUAAAAGUGGAGGAGAAAUCACUGGAAAAGGACCAAGUGUGCCUUGCCAAUGGUUUUGACAUGUUUGAGCGUCCACCACCAAAAACUGAAAGUGAGCUUUUGCAGGUGCUUUACCGGCAGCAGGAUGAAAUCCGUAGACUCCACGAGCUGGUAAACCAGAGAGACAUCUACAUUAAACAGCUGAAGCUGGAGCUCAGAAAUCUCCACAUGGACACAGGCAGAUAUUGAGGGUGCUGGCCUCCUCCUUGGCUCUUCCCCCAGGGUUAAAAAUGGACACUUCAGGCAGCAUGUGGCGGUCACGUUUUCCUGAUAAUCACCAGACAGUUACUGAUGGACUUGCUGUGCUUCUUCAGGCUCCUCUUGCUUGCUCACUCACCCUUGUCAGAAGCUCACACAUUGAUGCUAAGGAGAAACUGGGUAAUCUUGCUCUUCUGGUCCUGGAGAAGGCACCUGCUAAGCUCUAGGAACAGCUUGUUUUGAUGCCCUUCACAUGAUGUGGAUGGAGACUGAAGGCAGCUGCCAGCUUCUUUUCCCACCCUAGGACCCUAUGGUGUGGCUCCUGUGGCAGCUGUCCUCCUGCCCUGGGAGACCACUCUGCAGCUGAGUUUCAGAAGCACCUCUAGCUCCACAGUGUUCCUCAUGCAGUCUUCAUGCCUCACGUC